AUGAAGCUCCAUUCCUUUUUGACAUGCAUUGCAAGCCUUGCACUCUGCGACCCUGUCGCUGGCGCAAGUAGUUGGGCUUUUGACCCAGACUCAUGUAACCAAAGGCAUCUUGCGGUCCUCCAGCCUGCUCUUGAGCGUGCAACGACAAUAGCGAAGAAUACAGCGACCUGGUUGCCAAAAGAUUCCAUUUUCAAGCCCAGUUCCGCUCGCAGCAAGCCCAAGUUCGCUCAAGCUUUACUCGGAUCAAAUCACGCCAAAUACGCCCGAUCCGUAUUCGGUGGUGGAAAGAUCGGCUGGAGCGGCGACAAUAUAGAUAUUCCGGGGAUCGCAGGUUUUACAGGGCGGAUGGACUGGACAGAUCCUAGCGCCCGGAGACCGUAUUCUCCAACGAAGAACCUAGCUAUAUAUUGCAACGCCAAUAACGUCGGAGGUAGUGGUAAUAUCAUGUCCAAUCAAGGUAAUAUCCGCCAGUCAUACGCUGGAAGCAGACUGACCGCAGCUUAG